AUGGCCGCCGCUCCCCGCGCGCAGACAGGCGGUGUUGUCACAUCCAACAUGGCGGCCGCGUCUCCGGGACGGUACUUCCGGGAGAACGGCGCACGCCCGGAACUUCCGUUCCUUGACUUCCGCUCCCGGCGUGUGGGCUGUGCACCCACCGCGAGCGUCCAUCUGUGUGCCCCCCUUCCAUGCUGCUGCCCCUGCUGCUGCCCCCCCCCCGGAUGCUGUGGAGGUGACGCGGCCCUGCGGCGUCUCACUGAGCAGAAUCCCAGCCUUUCACCUGCCUGGACGGUUCCUCCACCACCGCCUUCAAGUGGGUCAAUGACGACGAUUGCGACUGUCGCGACGGCUCUGACGAACCUGGGACCUCAGCCUGCCCCAGUGGCCAUUUCCACUGCACCAACGCUGGGUACCGACCCCAGAACAUCCCCCUCUGCCCACGUCAAUGAUGGCAUCUGUGCCCUCCUUCCUUGCUGCUGCCCCUGCUGCUGCCCCCCCCCCGGAUGCUGUGGAGGUGACGCGGCCCUGCGGCGUCUCACUGAGCAGAAUCCCAGCCUUUCACCUGCCUGGACGGUUCCUCCACCACCGCCUUCAAGUGGGUCAGUGGCGACGAUUGCGACUGUCGCGACGGCUCUGACGAACCUGGGACGUCCGCCUGCCCCAAUGGCCAUUUCCACUGCACCAACGCUGGGUACCGACCCCAGAACAUCCCCUCUGCCCACGUCAAUGAUGGCAUCUGUGGUGGGGGGGGUGUCGUCGCAGGAGAAGCAUUGCAGAGAUGCCCAACAAAAUGAGCUUACAAGAACCGCUGGCCAUCACGGCUUCACCACAGCUGGAGUGGUGUGAGAUGUUUUCUGAAAGGAUCUGGCGACUGCCAUUAAAAAUACAGCCUGGGAUGUAAGCUGGCAAAGCAGAGCAGA